CCUUAUGGCGAUAUCUUUGAUUCCCAGUCAAAAUAAACCCACACACCAGACUCCUCACCAUCUCCACCUUCAAUGGCUGUUUCAGCCUUUACACCAAUCAUCCGUACAACCCCAUCACCAUCUUUCACUAUACCCACAUCAUCAUCAUCAUUCCUCACGAAACCAAGAAAGGUCAAACCUUUUUUGUUGACCAAACAAUCUUUACCCCCAAUUUCAGCUGCUCUUUCUGACCCAUUUGUUCUUCAAAUUGCAGAAUCUUUAGAAGAUUCCUUACCAUCUUCAUCAUCAUCAUCAAAUUUACAAAAGCUCAGAGAUUUUGCUUCGGAAUCUUUACUUUCUACACCAUGGCCUUCAAGAAAAGAUGAGCCUUUUAGGUUCACAGACACAUCUUUCAUUAAACAAUCAGAUAUUAUACCUGUUUCUUUUCCUAUAAAGCAUGAAUCUUUAAACAAUUUAAGUGUUUUUGAGGAUACCCAGUGGCUUAAUUUGACUAUAGUUGAUGGAUAUGUUGUUGAUUCUUUGUCACAGUUAUUAGGUUUGCCAGUUGGGGUUUUUGUUGGGGGGUUUUCGAGUAUCGGGUCCGAGGAAAUAACGAAAAGGGUACUCGAGUUUUUGGCUGGUAACGAACAGGGUGAUUUGUUUUGGUCCCUUAAUGGUGUUGGGUCACCUGAAUUGGUUGUGGUUUAUGUGCCUGAAGGAUGUAAAGUUGAGGGCUUAUUGCAUUUGAGAUAUGUUUCGAAUGAAGGGAGUGAUAAGGGUUCGAAGAAGUUGCCGGUUUCAAAUCCGAGGGUUUUAGUUGUGGUGGAGAAAGGUGGGGAGAUUGGGAUACUUGAAGAGUAUAUGAGCGGUGAUGGGGAUUUGAGUUAUUGGACGAAUUCGGUUAUGGAAGUUGUGGUUGGUGAAGAAGCUAAAGUUAGUCAUUCUUAUAUUCAGACUCAAUCUUUGAACUCUGCACAUAUUAAAUGGACAUCCAUUCGACAGGAAAGGUCAAGUACCUAUGAGCUAGUAGAGGUAAGCACGGGUGGAAAGUUGAGCAGACACAAUGUCCAUGUGCAACAAGUUGGGUCAGAUACGAUAACUGGAUUAUCAACAUUUCACUUGUCUGGUAAUGAUCAAACACAAGAUCUACAUAGUAAAAUAGUUUUGGAUCAUCCACGGGGAUUUUCUAGGCAACUUCACAAGUGCAUUGUGGCUCAUUCACUUGGACAGGUUGUAUUUGAUGGGAACGUAAAGGUCAACAGAUACGCACAACAGACAGAUGCUGGUCAACUAACAAGGAGCCUUAUUCUUGAGCCACGUGCAACGGUUAAUGUGAAACCGAAUCUGCAGAUAAUUGCUGAUGAUGUCAAGUGUUCUCAUGGAGCUUCAAUAUGUGACCUGGAAGAGGACCAGCUGUUUUAUCUUCAGGCGAGAGGUAUUGAUCUGCAAACAGCCAGGAAAGCCCUUAUUCUCUCGUUUGGUGCUGAGGUUAUAGAUAAAUUUCCAUCCAAUGAUCUCCAAAAGAAGGUGGAGCUUCAUGUAAAGAAAUUACUGGAUCCUCAAGUGGAUGUGGAAAAAUCGGUGUAAAUUUUGAUUUUGAAAAGUAAUUUGUUUGAAAUGUGUAACCAAAAGUGGACUUUGAUUACAAAUCCAAAAUUUAUAGGAAAUUUGAAAUUCUAUGUGUAGAUGUUGAAGGCUAUCUGUAGAUGUUGAGGUGUCUGGAGAAGCGGAAGAUCCUUAUUUUAAUAUGUGUUACACAGAUACGAUUGUCUCAUUUUUUCUGUUUCGGGUAAUUUUAAAAUAAGUUUCUCA